CUACGCUGGGAGCGCUGGAGUUCAGCCUGCUCUACGACCAGGAGAACAGCUCCCUGCACUGCACCCUCAUCAAGGCCAAAGGCUUAAAACCAAUGGACUCAAACGGCCUGGCGGAUCCCUAUGUCAAACUGCACCUCUUGCCUGGAGCCAGCAAGUCAAAUAAGCUGAGGACGAAGACGCUGCGCAACACCCGUAACCCCGUGUGGAACGAGACCCUGGUGUACCAUGGCAUCACAGAUGAGGACAUGCAGAGGAAAACCCUCAGGAUCUCCGUGUGUGAUGAAGACAAAUUUGGCCACAAUGAGUUUAUUGGAGAAACUAGAGUUUCCUUGAAAAAACUCAAAGCCAAUCAGAAAAAGAACUUCAACAUCUGCUUGGAGAGAGUAAUACCAAUGAAGCGUGCUGGAACGACCGGCUCAUCCCGUGGCAUGGCACUGUAUGAAGAGGAGGUAGAUCGUGGUGGGAAGAUCCUCGUGUCCCUCAUGUACAGCACCCAGCAGGGCGGCUUGAUUGUCGGCAUCGUACGCUGCGUGCAUUUAGCAGCUAUGGAUGCCAACGGAUACUCAGACCCUUUUGUUAAACUCUGGCUGAAACCCGACAUGGGAAAAAAGGCGAAGCACAAGACCCAAAUUAAGAAGAAAACGUUGAAUCCUGAGUUUAAUGAGGAGUUCUUCUAUGAUAUAAAACACAGCGACCUGGCCAAGAAGUCACUGGACAUUUCUGUCUGGGACUAUGACAUUGGAAAAUCGAACGAUUACAUUGGCGGCUGUCAGCUUGGCAUUACAGCUAAGGGGGAGCGCUUGAAACACUGGUAUGAGUGUUUGAAGAACAAGGACAAGAAGAUUGAACGCUGGCACACCCUCCAAAAUGAAAACCACGUUGCCAGUGAUUAA